GCUCCACGCGGAGCAACUGGUGCCAAUUCUUGGCUUUUGUGCCCGCAAGGAGCGAUUAUUAGGGGCGAUUCCAAGCGCAGCUUCACCCAUGCUGGAUUUGUGGGGCGUGAGGAUGGAUGCUGUGAGUGGUGCGGACGCAGGGUGAGCUGCCAGCUCCAUGGUGCCGGUUUCCUCUCCUUCGAGCCCAGGACGUCUCCUGCCAGCAGAGCAGGAUGGUACCAUGGCCCUGCGGGCUGUGCCUCAACCAGCACCACUGUCCCUCCCGGCACUGGAGGCGGGCCACGCUGCGCUAGCUCCACCUCACCCCGCCUCAGGUUCCCAGGCAUUGCCCAAGACUGCGACUGGAGAUGGGGCACCCCUGUCACCUCCUGCAGCCACAGCGGAUCAAGGUCCUGCACUAUUUACCGUUGGUUCAGGUAGUGAUGCCGGGGGCAUGAAGCCAGUGGCCCAGGGUCCCAGGCUGCUGGAGCUUCUUUGGCUGGCCUGUGGACCUUGCCUCCCUGCCACAUGACUGUGCAGCCGCGGAAUCAAAUGGGCUUUUGGGGCACUGUGACAGCUAAGGUUGAUGAGGUAUCUGGCUGUAAUUCUGGGCACAGCCCCCUGGAUGGCGAGGACGGCUCCUCGGGUUCUGCUGGUGCUGUGGUGGUUGUGACGCCAGAUGCUGUUGUAGGGUCUUCCGGCCAGGAGCCUGGCACUGUCUCAGGUGACUCUCUGAGGUGGGAUGCAGCAAGCGAGGCCGCUCCUCCGGAUGGGUAUCAGGCAUUUCCUGCGCUUCAGGAUGCGGUUCAGAGGACUCAUCAGCCAGUAUCCUGGAAGGCGUUGGCGGAUCUCCGGGAGAAGGUUAUGCAGGCUCUUCGGGGCCUUGUGGGAGGUGUAUUGGUACCUUAUGACAUUCAGAAUAUAGGCUGUGUUCUUUUUCAGCCCGUGGAGUAUGGCAUUUUUGAGGGCCUAUGGACUGAGAUAGCUUGUCAAGUGGUGCAGCAGAAUACUGCCUUGGGUCAGCGGGAUCCCAGGUGGGUGAUCAGCUCUGAUGUUCUGCUGGGUAAGGACGGCUUUGCUGACGUUAAUAGGCAGGUUGGCCUUGAGCCUCUUGUACUUGAGCAAUGCAAGGAGACGGGCAUGGCAACGUUGGUGCGAGCCUUAGAACUCGCCGCCCCCAAGGAGAUUUUUGUGACUAUUGUCCAGCGAGCUGACAAGUCUUUUCUGCGUUUCGCAAAUCGGCUGACUGCUUCUGUGGAGCAGCAAGUGCGAGAUAGUGUGGCAAAGCAGCUUAUGCUCAAGACUCUCGCAAAGACUAAUUGUAAUGCUGAGUGUUGGAGGAUCAUUAGUGCAUUCCCUGGUGAUCCCUUGCUGACACAGAUGGCACGGGCUUGUGUAGAGGCAGGUGUUGAUGCUGAGGGGGCCCCUACUGUGGCUGCUGUGCUGUGGCCAACUUGGGUGAAGCCGCAGGGUGGGCAGCAACAACGGGGGACUGCUCAGGCCAGCAAGAAGAAGAAAAAGAAGUCACAGGGGGCCUUGACUCCUCUGUAUUACUGUGCCUGGUGUGGUAGGGCAAAUCAUGGGGCGGAUGUGUGCAGGAUGAUGGUCCAUGUCAAUGGUAAAUCUCUGUCGGGCUCAGGAAACGGGAAGCUGAGCACAACAGGGAGACACGCUCAGAUACAAGCCUCUCUUCACACCCCGGAGCCAAUGGAGGUCUGCUCGGCCGGCUCGUAGCCAGCACCUCUGGCUCUGCAGGUCUUGAUGUCUGCAGGGCAGACACAGUUGUCUUGGACUCUUGUAGGAUGUACAGGGUUCCUUCGGAUGCCUUGGGCCCAGUGGGUGAGGGCAUGAGUGCUCUCCUUGUGGGGAGGUCGAGUGCCUCUGCUCAGGGCAUCAUUGUACACCUAGGAAUCAUUGAUUCGGACUUCACAGGGUGGAUUUACACCAUGGUUUCCAUGCUCACCCCUCCCUGUUACUAUCCCUGAGCGGAACCAGACUUGUUCAACUUGUGCCUUUUAAGUCUUGUGUUCGCAGAGCGGAAGAUCGGCUGUGGGGAGAUGGCGGCAUCGGGUCCACUGGGCUGCCUCAGGUUCACUGGACUGCUGUUCUGACGGCCAAGGAUCAUCCUGAAUGUCUCUGCACGCUGUCCAUCCCUGAUUUGCAUCCUGCAGGUAUCAUUGGCCAGUGGAAUGAUGAGUGGUCUGAUCCCUUGCAUGUCCUGGAAUGGGUUUUCCUGCCCCAUCAGCUGCAGAAGACGGUGACUGCAAUGUUUGAGCUGAUAGCUCGUUUGAUAAUCAAAUGCUGACAAUGGUUUUUGCAAUUGAUGGGUGUGGAUCCCGCAAAGAUUGUGCUCCCGGUACUGCGGGAGGACUGUGACUGGAGCUUUGUGAACAAUAUUUCCAUGCAAAGUGCUCUGGAGAAUUUUUCUGGACAAGUCACCUACCAUCUGCCCAGUCAUAAGUUAUUGCAAGUGGCAAAUGUUGGAAUCUGGAAUCCAGAGUGUGUGCCCUUGUUUCUGACACUUAGUUAUAAGAUCCAGAAGAACACUGAAUUUCAUAUAAUA